CUUCCUGGUAAAUUUCGAAGUCCGGUCCAAACAACGGCAGACCUGUCUGGUAAUUGACAAUUAUGCGACAAAAAUGAGCAGCAGACCAGGACUCUCCUCUGAUGUCGACAAGAAAGCCCAAGAUCUGUUAACGAGAAAGAACCUAAAGGAUCAGAAAGUCUCUGUUUUAGCGAGCAGUGCUACGGAAUUUUAAGGCAAAAUGUUAUGCCUCUCCCGCACACAGUGGGGUCCUACCUGGCAAUGGCGGUCCCACACGGGAACACCGGGCCACCUAGUGAGGCCACACAACAUUACGGGAACACCUCUCUCUUUUCUCUUCUAUUUCUUUUUUUACAGUCAAAAAAGUUUUUUUCUUUUUCAAUUACUAUAAAUACUCAUUACCCCUCCAAAUUUGUUACACAAACAUAAUUUAACUCUCUGUUUCUAAAAAAAUAGUUUAUCAUAUAAGUUUAAGAAUUGAAAGAUGGAAUCAUCUUCAUCAUCAUCGGAUGAUUGGUCGAAGGAUUGUAGCACAAUUUUUCUCACAACAAUUGUAGGAGCAGCAAGCCUCAUUUUGGCUGCUGAAGCUGAAAGUUCACUUUCAAGAACAGGAAGAGCUGCUUUAAACAGAGAUCGUGAAGCUGCACACGAUAGUCUUAAUACUGCAAGAUAUUCACCAAAGAGACCAGUUGAGAAUGAUGUUAAUGGGAUGAAUCUAGAGUCAAACACUAGAUCCACCUCAGGAGCUAAAACUACAACCAAUUCUAAAUUGGAGACCGAGAUUGAAAAAUCUCUUUCUAGCGGGCAGCAGGAUGCGUUGAAUUCAAAAAAACGUCCUUGUGCCUUUUGUCAUUCUUCUAGUCAGACAGAGGGAAGUGGACCAUUUGUGUCUUUUGCCCAAGGGAAGGAAGUAGUGGGGUCUUUGGCCAACUUCUCUAAGGUUACACAUGUUCACAGAAAUUGUAUUCAGUGGGCUCCUCGGAUUUACUUUAAGGAUGGAAUUAUUCAGAAUUUAGAAUCAGAAGUGACAAGGGCCAACAAGCUUAAAUGCAGCAGCUGUGGUAAAAAGGGAGCUGGUCUUGGCUGCUAUAUGGAGACAUGCCAAAGAAGUUACCAUGUGCCUUGUGCAUAUUACAUUCCUGAGUGCAGAUGGGAUGACACCUAUUUAAUGUUGUGUCCAAAGCAUAGAACAAUGAAAUUUCCAAACGAAAUGGAGGCAGAUGAUGGGAAGCAAGACACUGAGAAAAGAACAUCUACACAUCUGAAUCCCUGCACGACACCGUUGGAUGCCGGACAGAAUUUGGUGUUUUGUGGUUCGGAUCUUUCUACAGAAGAAAAGUGUUUGCUGGUUGAUUUUGCAAGCAAUAAUCAGGCAGUAGUGUUCAGAUACUGGAAACCUAAUGUUACCCAUGUCAUUGCUGCCACAGAUUCAAAUGGUGCAUGCACAAGGACAUAUAAAGUUCUGAUGGCUAUUUUGAAUGGAGUAUGGAUUGUUAGUGUUGAAUGGGUAAAAGCUUGUAUGGAAGCUGGGUGUCUUGUGAAUGAAGAACCAUAUGAAGUUCAUCUAGAUACCCAUGGCUGUACUGGUGGUCCCAAAGCUGGGAGGCUAAGAGUUCUAAAUAAUGGUCCAAAACUUUUCAACAAUUUGGAAUUUUACUUUGUUGGGGAUUAUGUAGAAGCUCACAAGACUGAUCUCAAAGAGUUGGUUACAACUGCUGGAGGCACAAUUAUCGAGGCCAGGGAUCAAUUACUGUCAUCAAGUAAUGAUGCAGAUGAAGAUGUGAAGCGGGUAUCUUUGGUUGUUUACAAUGCUGACCUUUCGGAUCACUCUGAGUUUUACGAUGAAGAUUCUAUAAGAUUCCAAAGAUUAGCUGCAGCUGAGGACAUUGCUCAAGAAUCUCGGUCUCAGACUAUCCAACAUAUUUGGAUUUUGGAAUCAGUUGCUGCAUGCCGUUUACUGCCUUUUACAUCAGGGGUCCAGUAAUGUCUUAUAAACUCCAUCUUGUGUAUCUGUUAUGUUAUGUGGUUGGUGUUUUUUGUCCCUCUAGUCAGUGUAGCAUAGAUACUACUAUUAGAACACUAAGAAAACUACUACAUGGGUUUUGGUUGAUUUCUUGUGUUGUGGUAAUGCUUGAAACUUUUAACCCGUCCAUCAGUUGUACAGAUCGAAGCUAUAGUGGAAUAGAAUGAAAAAGGGCAGCGGAUUAUGCUAUUAUUUUUCUAGCAACAAGUUUUAUUAGUUGGCUAGAAAUAGAAUACAGUAUGUGUUUUUCUGUUUUGGACAAUAUUCACAAAAAUGGCAAGAUUAAUUUGUAUAAGCAUUUUGACCUUAUACAUAGUUUUUGGG